AUGUCGCAUUCAAACAAAAGGUCGAUUGCGACGGGGCUGGGAUUGAGUGCAGCAUCACUCGGGGCUAUCGGGAGUCCAUCGUCUUUGGCCGACAUUCAGCACCAGCAGCACCGAGACCAACAUUACCCUGACCAAACGCCCGUCUACCAACAACCACAGCAUCAAGCUACUAGUCAGGUCGCGUCGCCGUCGCAUUCGGCCAGCAAUCGCGCAAAAGCAUUCGCGCCAGCGCCAGCGUCUACGGCAUCGGCAAGCAGCGCCAUGUCGGGCUUCGACUCGCAGACGCCAAAGAAGGGUGACUUUAACAUGCAGCUCCAACAAGCCACGCCCACCCAUUCGUCCUCGUCGCAACAACAACACAACAUGUCCGUUCUACCAAAUACCCUGCUCCCCGGCGCCUCUUCGUCUUCGCGACCACCCACCGGCGCGACAACCUACUCAGCUCCUCAGACCAUCCCCACCAUGCCCCCUCCCAUCAACACCAACCAGCAGCAGUAUACGCCGCGUCCUCCCACUCUCAAUUCGCAGCACAGUCACUCGCGCUCGAGUCCUGCUGGCCUCGAUCAAAAGUACAUUGCUUUCUCCACCACUCCCACCAAAGCCUACAACUCCGUCACUCCCUCGUCAAGCCAUUCUCCCCUGGGCUUGGCCGACAUACGUCCCCGUACCAACUCUGACUUGCUGAACCGCACCGGUGCUCAGUCAGCUGCCCUCUACGACUAUGGUCCCAGCCAGACAAACUGCAGCUACAUGGCUCCGUGGGCUGCCUACUCCUUUGAUUGGUGCAAAUGGCCGGUGCCCAACGGCAACAGCUGCGGUAAGAUGGCCAUUGGCAGUUACCUCGAGGAUCCCCACAACUUUAUUCAAAUCGUCGACACGCAGAUCGCACCCCAGGACCAAUCGACCAUGGGCGGUCCUGCCUAUGGCAUUGACUAUGUCAAGAUUGCAGAAGCUACUUGCGCCUAUCCAGUCACACGUAUCUCAUGGGAGCCACCCUCGUCAUCUAAGCAAUCUACCGACCUUCUCGCUACUUCUGGCGAUCACUUGCGCCUAUGGUCUCUCCCUUCAUCUUCGCAGCCCGCCAUGCUGUCCAAUAACAUCAAUCGAUCCGCCUCGGUCAACGUGCGCGACCCACCCACUUCAAAAUUGCAACCUUUGGCCCUCCUCUCGAAUUCAAAGACCCCUGAACAUACCGCGCCCUUGACCUCGCUGGAUUGGAAUACUCUGUCGCCGAAGCUUAUCAUCACAUCGAGCAUUGACACAACCUGCACCAUUUGGGAUAUUCCUACACUCACUGCGAAAACACAACUUAUUGCACACGACAAGGAGGUCUUUGAUGUGCGCUUCUGUGCAGGCAGUGUUGAUGUUUUCGUCAGUUGUGCUUCCCCAACAAAAUCAUCGGCCGCAGGACUACCAGCAUCUCCUCCCCUUCUUCGUCUUGCCGCUUCACCACAUGAUGCUCAUCUUCUGGCCACUUUUGCUGCAGAGUCCAACAUUGUACGCAUUCUCGACGCUAGACAGCCUGGCACUGCUCUCCUUGAGCUUCGUGGGCAUUCAGCUUCGCUCAACUCAAUAGAAUGGAACCCCAGCCGACGAGGCAUGCUUGCUAGUGGUGGUGAUGACAGCCAAGUGCUGGUCUGGGAUCUUCUCAACUCUGGUAAUGGAGCCAGUUUGAACGGGGGUGUCCAGGGCGAAGCUCAAGCCAAGGGCCCUUCAGCAAGCUGGAGAAGCGAUUACGAAGUCAACAACAUUUCUUGGGCACCGCAGAGCGCUUUGACUGGCCAAGGCGGCGAUUGGUUAGGCGUCUGCGCCGGCAAGGGAGUGUGGGGCGUCAAACUGUAA